UUCCCUUUUAUACUCGCAUCGCCAUUAACACACUAACUAAUCACUCAAGCUCCGAUUCUUAAUCAUGUUUAGUCGUCGUUUAGACGGUGAAAACAAAUCUGUACGUCGAUCGAAGAGAGAGAGAUCGAGUUCUAUCUUGUCAGACAAGGAGGACGAGGACCUUGCCAACUGUCUCGUCCUGCUGUCUAAUUCGGGCACAGUAGUCGGAGAUGGUGAUGAUGACAAUAAGCAUGGAGAUGGUAGGGGUAAAAGCGUAAAUAAGGGGAAAGCAGGACCCGCGUUUCAGUGUAAAGCGUGCAAGAAGGUGUUUACGUCUCAUCAGGCAUUAGGCGGACACAGAGCUAGUCACAAGAAAGUUAAGGGUUGUUUUGCUUCUGAAGACAAAGAAGAAGAAGAAGAAGAAGAAGAAGAAGAGGAAGAGGAAGAAGAAGAAGAUGAAGAGGAAGAGGAAGAAGAAGAAGAAGAGAGAUCAACGGCUCAGAUCACAAGAAAACGAACAAACAGUCAUGAAUGCAGCAUAUGUCACCGUGUUUUCGCAUCAGGACAAGCCCUGGGCGGUCACAAGAGAUGUCACUGGUUGACUCCAUCAAACAAUCUGAUGAGGACGCCUUCGUCGCAACGUGAGCCGUCGCUCGACCUGAACUUGGCUUGCUCUGUUGAUCGGACAGUGAUGAAGGUAGGGGGUGGUGGUGGUACUGGUAAUAGCUCAUCUUCGUGGUUACAACUCUCCAGUGGCGAUUGGUUUUGAAUCUUUAUUAAUUUUCUUCCCCCUUUUACUUCUUUUAUCCUUUAUUGGUCGCAUACAUGUGAUUUGAACACACAUGUAGAGCAAGCAUGCAUAUACAUACACACGUAUUUUCUGCUACAUUUACAUGUUGGUAAAAAAAGAAAAGCGCCGGGGGUGGUGUUGAUGCGAUGUGAGACUAUCAAUUAUAAUUUUUAUAUCGUCAGGUUGGCAACUAAAGAAUUGCCACCUCAAUUCUGUCUACUGAAUGUGGUGUUUUGUUUGAAAUUAACGGAACUGGCUGUUCUAUAUAUCCGUGUGCAAUACAGAAGAUUUAAUCAUUU